AUGUCCAGUUUGUACGAAGAUCGCAAAGUUAUUCUUGGAAUAAUUGGAACUUCAGUGGUUUCGUGGAAUAUCUUUGUGAAGCUCCGAGAAUUAUUGAAAAAAUACACGAAAACAACACCUGAAUGGGUUCCAGUUGGACGAAUCAAGAGUCUCCAUCUUUAUCCAAUUAAAUCAUGUAAAGGAAAAGAAGUGUUCCAAUACCGAUGCACUCCACUUGGUCCAGUUUUCGGAGAAUACUUUGAUCGUCAUUUUCUGGUUGUCAAUAGCGAAGGAAAGUUCUACACAGCACGAACAAAACCAAAUAUGGUUCUCGUUGAAACUGUCAUUGAGAAUGGAAUUGUUACUGUAUCAUAUCCAGAAAAAGGAAGUGCUCAAUUCAACAUCGACGAGGUGAAAGCUAAGAAGGAUUUGCGAAGUGGAUAUCUUCAUGUCAACCUUCGCACUGACGGCUAUGAUUGUGGGGACUCCGUUGCUGAGUUCUUUUCAAAUGUUCUUGAUGAACCUGGAACUCGAGUCAUCAUGUAUGACUCUGGACUGUUCACUGAAAGAACGUGCAAAACUGAAGAGGGUUGGUGGAAUAAUCCAGUUCCAAAGAGAAUCGACGAUACCGCAUAUGCUGACUUGGCUCCAUACAUGAUCACAACUCAAGCUUCUCUGGAUGAUUUGAACUCAAAAUUGAAUCAAAAUGUCUCUUCGAUCAACUUCCGUCCAUGUAUCGUGGUCGAUGAUUGUGCUGCCUGGGACGAGGACAAGUGGCUUGACUUGCGUAUCGGCGAUGUAGAAAUGCAAUGUUUUAAGCCUUGUACAAGAUGCAUUCUGACUACUGUCGACCCGGAGUCUGGAACCAAAGACAAAGACAUGCAACCACUCAAGAAACUUCGAGAAUUCCGUCUCGGCCCAGGAAAACUGCGUGAGGAAUUCGGAGAAAGUCCAAUUUUCGGAGUCAACGCUGGACUUGUGAAACCAGGAUACAUCCAUGUCGGACAGACCGUUUGGGCAAAAUACAAGCCAUCUGCUUUCUAA